AUAUUUUGCUUCAUUUGUUUGGCCAAGAUUUAAAAUUGCUUCUUUCUUUUGAGAAGGGAAGAAAAACAAAAUUUCUCUUUGGCGGGAAAGAAAGUCCAUGUAAGCUUAAAUUCUCGGCAACCAACCACUCGAAUUGGCAACCAAAUGUCGACAUUCGGUUACCCCAUACUCUCUCGUGGCGAUGUAAUAUCAAUGCUGGCGGAGUCACAAAUCGCCGCCGUCACCGACAACGAUUUCAAGAAUAUCAAACCCAGUUUCGUCUCCGAUCUUUACACCCGCCUCCUUAUCUACCUCGACGCUCUCCACGAGGAAGGCCAAGGCCAAGGCCAAAUUGAGUUUUCAGCAUUGGAGCAAUUUGAAAGCCCGGAUCUCCUAAUUGGGUCAAUCCAGGUUAUGAAUUUGUAUUGCAAGUUGAGAGAGGUGAUGGCUUCUCUUAAUUGUCCAAUCCAAUUUACCCUUAGGGAUUUGGUUAAACCUGAUCCUGGUCGGACCGAGCAUUUCCUCAGUGGAAUCCUCAAUUUUUGUCUUUUUAAAGAAACAAAAAUGAAUCUUCAGAGACCGAUAAUGGAGGAACUGGCCCUUCUAGAUGAGCAGCGGAAGGAAUGGGAGGCUAAGAUUUCUCAGUUCAAUGCCGAGAUUGCAGGUUAUAGUGAUGCAAGAGAAAGGGAGUUACCUUUUGUUCAAGAGGUAAACUCAAAAGUUAAAGAAUUGUGUGAGAUGAUUGCUGGCCUCAAUGGUAACCAGAUGUCAUUCAGAACUUCUUUUCGCAAUUUGACGGAGAAAACUUUGCAAAUAGAUGAGAAGAUUUCUAAGGCUGAGUUUGACCUGGUGCAAAAUGUCCAAGAGAAUGCAAAUCUAUGUUCAAAAAUAGUUCACUCACCAGAUAAACUACAGAGAGCUUUAGAGGAGAAGAAAUUAGCUCGAGAUGAGGCAAUGAAUGCUGAAAGGUUGGCUAUGCAGUCUUUUCUGGAGAAGACUGCCACUGUUGAGGUCUAUAGCAAGCCGUUGUUACAGGUUCUUGAGAAAAGGUCAAAGCACUUUGCCUUGAUUCAAGCUAUACAUGAACAGUUGAACUCUGCAAAAUCAGUUGAUAAAGAAUGCAAGGGUUUGAAAGCUAAGCUAAGUGAUAAUUCUGUGUUAGACAAGUCACUUGAGGCUAAACUGAUUGAACAGCAAGGAAAAGACAGUUGGAGGUGGAAUUUAAGCGGUGUGAGCUGGAAGCAAGGCAAAAGAAGGUUGAAGAUGUGGUAGCAGAGGUGGACUCCAUAACGUUAAAGACCAGCAUUAUAAAAGAAUCUGGAGCUGCUAAAAUGCAGCAGGUAUUUUAUUAAGUGUGAAGAGAUUGUAAAACAGGUAUUAUAUCGCUUAUUUUAACCUUGAAUCUGUCUUUACAUGUGUGCUUAUAAUAAAAAUUGAAUAUUUGUUCUAUGGUUUAUUCAACUGGUAUAAAGUCUUUUAAACUAGGAUUAUUAGAAAAGCUCAAUUAUUAAUAAAUAAAUUUAUCAGAAAAUAAAGAAUUAUUAAUAAAUAAAUUUUCUUUCAAUGUCAUGGAGGAUGUGAGAUUUCAAAAUCUGGCCUUCUAGAAGCAUAUGUAUAAAUUAAACUGCCAGUAAUUGGAUGAAUUUUUUUCCCUUUUAUCAACCAUUGAAAGCUUUACUGUUAUUAUUAUUAUAUUAUUAUUAUUGAGCUAUCCUCAUCUAUGUUGUCUUAUGUUGAGUUCAUUGUACAUUUGAAUAUUUGUUUGUUUUUGUUCAUAUAAGAAGGCUUGAAUUUUUUUAAACUCUUGAGCUCAAAAUUGGUCCAAAUGGUUAUGUGGUUGCUGUUUCAACAAUAUUCAUCCUCUAUUGGGCUCCUGCUGCCAAUGUUUGGGACAAAGACAACUUGAUUGAGUAGCUAUAUAUCCGCCUUUAACUUGCAUUUUAGGAAGCCACUCGAUUGUGAAAUGCAUUUUGUUCAUGAAGAUGUAAGUUACUAUAAGUUUGCAGCAGAAAAAAAAAAAACGUAUAUAUAUAUAUAUAUAUAUUUGUUUUGGUGAUAGCAGUGAAAAUAUAUUGAUAUGGUCUUCCAGUGCUUCUAAUUCUUAUGGACUUUCCAUUACUAAAUGAUGAAGAAGCAUUUUCGAUUUUGCGUAUCUACCCAAGACAGUACUAACUUGUAACAGUAUCACUUUUUGUGUUCUCCAGAAGAUCUUUACGGUAGUGUUGUCCUAGUAUGUUGCUUUAUAUGCAGCAUAGACUGACAGCAUUUAAACCUGCAGGCUUAUGAUAGUGAUUGAUAACAUGGUUCUCUAAUGAAAAACAGAAUAUAAAUGUUAAUGUUUCUGGUGAAGGUUGUGAAGCAUAUAAUCCAAAUUUAGUAGAAUUUUUAUAGUGCUUAGGUAAUUUCACAAGUAAGCUUGUUAUUGUGCUUGAUUCCAAAUUCUCAAUGUCUUCACCUGAUGAGAUAACCUACACACAUUACAUAUUUUUCUAAUCCUAUCAUGUGGAAUUUGUUAGUUUACUAUUUAUUUUAGAUUUGAAGGGAAGCAAAGUUUCCAAUGACCAAACAUAUAGUCAUCAAUGGAGCGCACAUGAAUUCUCAUUGGAAGGUAUGUUUGCAUCAUAGGCAUGGAAUAUAGGUCUUUUCUUUUCUUCUGCUAUGGAUUCUUGGUGUUUUAAUAUCGUAGAACUUACUGGAAUUCCCUGGCCAAUGGUGUCAGUAGAUGCAGCAUGCUGUAUUUGGGAUUUUGAUGCAACUUGCUUGUCUGAUGCUUCAUCUGGCUGUAGGAUUUCUUACCAGAAAGACCGAAUUAUUUGAAGAAAGUUUUGGUAGGUCAAAUCCUUACACUUGCUUGCAGGAAAGCUCUAUGUUGAUUGCAGUUGUAUGGUAAAUUUAGGCUUUAUCAGGUGUUGGAGGUACUAAUUGACAUGAGCAAGGCAAGAAUUCGCAUACAUGUUUGUCAGAAAUCUAACAGAUGGGCUUUGAGUGAUUCAUCAUGGACAAGGUUUAUGCUUAUAGUUAUAUGGUGGCAGCCGCUGCUGAGUUGGAUUCGUUUGCACUAUCAGUAAGCUCGGAAGUGAGUGGUUUUUUGAUCCUUUUUGGCAACCUGAUUCCAGGGUGCUGUUAGCUUUGCAAUGGAUUGGAAUUGUUAGUAUUGUCUCAUUCAUUGAAGGCACAGUGGUUGCUUUUUCAAUGAUCAAUUAGGAGUUAUAGUAAGUGUUCUUUGUUUGGGAUUUUGGACAUAUUAGUUUAUUAUGGAGAUAGUAAGAUACCCAUUCGGACAUAGGGGUGCAACUUGGGGCGGGUUUUAUGGUGGAUUCGAUCCAAAUUACUCGAUUCAUAUACAACCAAACCUGCUCCAAUCUGGACCCAACCAAACCAAGACCGAUAAGGGGCUAGAAAUAUGACCUUGGGUCAUAGGAUAAAUGAACAUUAUCAUUUUCUUUUCUUUAUUUUUUUGCCACUUUAUGAACCUUUAUAAAGUUGGCGUCUAAAUUCAACAAAGAUUAUGGGUAAGAAAAGGGACAGAAACAUAUCUUGAUUAAUUAAUGUUUUGAAACAUGAUUAGUGUUUUGGAUUUAGACAAAGAACAGCACAAGCCGCAUAUAGCUGUUAGCCCACCUUUUUACGGGGGAAACGGAACACAAUACUUAGGUGAGUUCUUUAUCCUAAUUUCCCUUUCACCAAUUUUCAGUGCCGUUGUAUAUCAUUUUCAAUUUCUCUUCUAC